AUGACGGGUGCGGGUGUAUCGGUGGAUUCGGGCAUCGCACCCUAUCGAGGAGAGGGCGGUCAUUAUGAGGUGCACAAGACCUAUCGACCCAUCUUUUUCCACGAAUUUGUCGAUUCAUCCGAAAAGGGCCACGUUGCGAGACAGAGGUACUGGUCCAGGUCCUUUUUGGGCUAUCCACCCGUGCUGGUGGCCAGGCCGAACAAGACUCAUUACGCCGUUGCUGCACUGCAACGUCUGGGUGCCUUUGCAGACUACAUCACGCAGGUGAGAACAGCGAUGUUGUUGAGAGCGGAAGCGCGCCUUGGCCUGCGUCUCAUCUCACUGUUCCCUGACAUCGCGUUCCCAAGAAUGUCGACAGUCUGCAUCACAUGGCCACGCCCAGCCCUUCUCUCGCUGCUUCCUCCAUCCUCGAAUUGCACGGUGAGCAGUCUUGACAAAUCUAGCUCCAGCGCGAGUCUGCUGCCCACGCAAUGUUGCUCCACUGGCAUCCUUGAUAGGCACCUUGCAGCACGUCUUGUGUGUCUCGUCACCUACGCCCGGUAACGCGCCAUCGAGGCCGAAGGACCCGACCUUGCAUUCGCACCUCACCCAGUCACAUCUCUCGGGUCCGCGUCUCCGAGCAGAGCCUCGACCUUUCAACACUCCUACGGGUCAAGCUUAUCCCAAAGGUUGCGGUUUCAGGGGAAGUAGAUCGGCCUACCAGUCCAUACUCGCCGAGAGGAACCCAAUGUGGGACGAAAUGGCCAAGGAGAUGCAUCAACGUGGUACUCAACCCAAAACCAAUCCUGAUGGUGAUGUGCGUAGAAAUUCAUCGCAGACGCCCGCCCCCGCCCCUCUUUUUUUCAUCUUCGAGCUCACGCCUACAGUUUCAUGCUGUCUCAUUGCCAUCUUACAGGUGGAGCUUGCAAGGAAUACGGAUUACAGCUCUUUUCACUAUCCCGCCUGUCCGAGUUGCGGAGGGGUUCUAAAGCCGUGAGCGCACUCGCAACGCCGCAACAGCAACGUCGCAGUCCCCCAACGAGAGCUGAGCUUCUCUCUCGCAUCUCCUUUCCACCUCGUGCCUGAAGCGGCGUCGUCUUGUGAGUCAAGUCCGCACGCUGGGCACUACCAGCUUCGCAUCGCUGACCGAAUGGUGUCUCCUACGGUUCAAAGCUUUGGAGAGUCUGUUCCGGACGCGCUGCGGGACCGCUCCUUUGAGCUCGUCCGAAGAGCAAGUCAGAUGCUCAUCGUGAGUCGACGUUUGAAAGCUAAAGUCGAGAAUUUGAAUUCUGAGCUCCGAACCUUACUCCCGUCCAUUGCUCAGGUGGGCUCCUCUACGGCAACAUACAGCGCAUAUAGGCUAGCAAAGACCAUGCACGAGGCCGGUGGAUCCGUCAUGAUUCUCAACAAAGUGAGCUCCAUCUCUGUUUCCUGCUACAUCUCCUUCAGCCAUCAUACGCACUCCUCGCUCUGCCCAUCACAGGGACCUUCGCGCGCGGAUCCUUUGGCCAGCGACAAGAUCGAAUUGGGAAGCUCAGAGGUCCUUCAACUUGUAGCCCAGAGGUUGGCAGGCACGGAUAGGAGAAAGAAAGAUCCCGUGCUUGAUCGUCUCCUCACCUCCGGAGGGCCGGCUUUGGUGCCAAAUUCUGGAGUGCGCGUCGCGGCUAGCUGAAUACAUUACGUUCUCAUGAAUUCACCAUCUGACGCCUGAUCAUCCGUGACACUGCUACAUCAAGACCAAACAAUAG